GCUGGCACCCCUCAUUCCUUUAGCUGUCAGCUGUCCUUUUUCUUUUCAGUUUUGGUCCAGAGGAGACAAUAGGUGGAUGCCCGACUCCACCAAUUAGAGGAGCUGCCUCCACCCUUCCUGAAGCGUCCUAUAAUCACCCCCCUACCACAUCAUCGCAGGGAGACCUCAGAAAUGGCCUGCCCGACGGAGCCGAACACCUCAGCCAACACAACACCUGCCACUCGCGCCCUCUUUCCCCGACACACACCUACAGCUCAAUACCCGUCCACAUGGGCACCGAUGGUCAGGAAGAGGAUGAGGAGGAGGAGGUGGAAGAGGAGGAGGAGGAGGAAGAGGAAACAGAUGCAGAGCUUGCUGAAAGUAACUACAGCCAACACCACAACCAUCAGAAGCACAAGCACCAGCUGCACCACCCCUCUCCACACAAGCUGCUCCUCUACGGGCUGGAGCAGACCCCAGCCUCCAGCACCGGAGAUCUGGACAGAUCGGUCACGGGGUCCAUGGUUAACAGCUGGGGCUCAGCGUCUGAGGACAACAUCUCAUCAGGCAGGUCCAGUGUUGUCAGCACCUCGGAAGGAUCCUUCUUUACAGACGGCGAUUUCAACCAGGCGGUGGCCUCGUCGCGUGAUAUGGUAGGCCUGCGCAUGUGCAGAUACCCGGAGGAGUCAGGCCGGCGGCACCAGCGACCCAGCAGCCCCAUGUCGACAGAUAGCAACAUGAGUCCUGCAAUAACACAUAAAAGGCCCAGGAGGCAUAAACAAAACCAGUCCGGCCAGCAGGGCUACCAACCCAAAGACGUCUUCAAUGAUGACUCUUGCAUGCCGCUGAACUUCACCAGCCAGAUGUCCCACGGUGACUAUAAAGUGAGGGGGGCCACGCUGCCCCGCAUGGGCUCCGGGGAGGCUCGGGGUCGACGAGGCAGCACCGGGACUCACAGGGUCAAAGAGGGCGCGUUUGAGCAGAGAGAGAGCCAGGAGAAGCACAGGACUCCACUAGCAGGAAAAGGAAACAGCAAAAGCCGACAGCAUUCAGAAUUUGGGGACAUUCUUCUGUACAGUCGUCCCUCUUUCCCAUCAGGUCACGCACAGAGGGAGCCAGAUGAUUCUAGCUUUUUGUCAUGUGGAGACUCGAGGACCAAGCAUGGAGAACAGAUGGCACCUACAGGACAGGUGGAAGAGUUCCUGAAAAGCUAAGAAGCAACGUGAGCACAUCGGGAAUGUCCUACAGGUGCUUCGGACAAAGGACUAUGACCUUUACGACACGGAAAAAAAAGACUCUUAAAAUACUGCACAAUACGCGCUAUUGUUUUCUACUUCAAAUUUCUCAUUAGGUGUUGGAAAAAAAGAAAAAGAAAAAAGAAAAAGUGCUCUCAUGUGUAAGUCUGUGGACUUCAAUUUGAUGCACUGUUUAUUGUUUGCUUUUUUUUUGUUGUUUUUUUGGGUGACCAGCUUCCAGGACCUGGAGCCGCUGGUUGCUCAGUAAAGUAAGAUGAAUGCACAUUUGAUGGCGGUUGUGAGUGUCUACAAAAAAAAAAAAUAUUGUCCAUGGUGACUGCUUGAUGCGGUCCGUAUGAUCUUUGUUUGUCAGUUGUCCUGUUUCUUUUUCUUUUAUUUUAAAACUGUAAUUGAUAUACAGUCAUUACCAGCCAUCUUGUAAAUUGUUUACUGCCACAGAAGUGCUUCAAAUUCAAAUUUUAUAUAACAGUGUUAAUGUUUUAUAAGUGAUGUACAUCUUGUCUUUGUAUUAUUUGUCCUACUUUGGUUAUAAAAGCACAAUCACUUAAUUUUAUUCUAAGUCAUUGCUCUAUGAAUUUCAGUCUGGAGGAAAUUAGUUUUUGGAGUCUUGUUAAUCAUUUCAUCGGUUGACUUCAGGCAGAAAGAAGAAGAAGAAGAAAAAAAAAAAGAUUGUCGAUUGUGAUUGUGCAUUCAGUUGCGUACAUUUGAGCUGCUUUCAUUCAGAUUUGAACUAUCUGUUGUGUGUACUGAGAGAAUUGCAUGCAGAUUCACCUGUAGGAGGUUUUUUACUUCAACACUUGCUUUGUCCUCCCUCUGGGAUGAUGAAAAGUGUGGUCAUGGACUGGUUCCAAUUAUUGUUUCUCUCCGCUGAGUUCAUUUCAUCUUCUCCUGUGUUCCCUUGACCUUGGCCAUAACUUACGGAGUAGGGCUGGACAAUGCACCGAAUUUAUCAAAUUAGUGAUGAUGAAUCUGUUACCGAUGUGAAUUCACUUACACUGCAAUUUGCAAUAAAUAAACCCAUUUAAUUAAAGGGAGAAUGACUAAAAAAAACACAAUGAUGUCUUAGCUGAAGUUCAGCCAACUAAUCUGCUUACAAUUAAGAAUUAGAUACCCAAAUAUCCAACAUUUUGAACUGCUCAUCCUGGAGUUAAGCAGUUAGUUUAUCAAGUAAAGUAGUAUUAUCAACGGAUGAUAAUAGUUUGUUCAUCAUUAUCCGGUUAAAUGCACAUUGUUUCAUAGAUUUGGGUCAUACUGUCCAGCUUUAUUCUGUAAGAAUGAAACAAAUAUGUCACUUUAACUUCUCUCUUUGAAUAAAUAUUGCUGUUCCUUAAGCAACAAAAACAAAC